AUGCAAUGCAAGGGAACUACGCUCAAGGGUCAGAGGUGCAAGAUCCAAACGGAGUCCGGCUACUGUCGUUACCAUGCUAACCAAUCCGAGCGAGGGUUGAAGUCAGAAGUGCCAAAGCCCGAUAGCCCCACCUCCGGCUACAUCUACAUCUACACCAUGAGCGAACUCCUCAACAGUCGAAAACUGUGGCUUCAGACUCGAAACUUGCCCAACACGAAGCCAAGUCACAAGCACAAAUGGAAGGACUUUGAUGCUGGAAAGUCGCCAUACAUGUUGGUGAAAGUUGGAAUGACACUGGGCACCGUGGCUCGGAGGUUGGCCCAGUGGCAGAACCAAUGCCAUCAUGACAUCACUGUGUUAGGGCCAGCAACUGAGGAGAUUGUGGAGUUGAAAUUUAAGUCGGCGGCUAUAGCUAGUAGAUUCAACUCUCCGAAGCCAUACUCCACAUUCAGAAACAACGGGUUUUUCUGUGGCCGCAACCUCAAAUCGGCAGAGCUGGAGAUCCACCGCCUCCUUAGAGCCAAGUAUGGCAACGGUGAUAUUCUCUGCACCGGAUGUGCUACUCCUGACAGCAGGAAACCAAACAAAGACGUUCCCUUCAGAUCGGAAUACAACAUUCAUGUCGAAUGGUUUUUAGUACCCAAAUCGGACCUCGAGUAUGUCUAUCUGGUGAUCAACUCAGUGUGUUUGAAGAAUAGAAUAUAA